CGUUGAUUGAAUUCGGUGACUGUGUGUCAAUGGCUGCGCCAACGAACAGUCGAGUGUCGGACAUGGCUACUGAAAAUUUCAGCUUGAGUUUGUCGCCCUUACUUUCCCCUAGGUGGUCGCAGCUGUGCUUAACUCCGUCGCCGCCACAGUCUUUCCUACCCUCGUCCAGUUCAAUGGUCAUGCAGUAUCAAGGGUCUAACCAAUCCAUGGACGAUCCGCCACAAAAUCAAGAGCAUGAUGACAUCGUCGACCUGGCACCGUACUUGGCCACAGACUCGGCGUUGUUGCCGCUGCAGCAGCAGCUACGUAAGAACUGGAGCGAGGCGUCCUCAGAUUGGAGGCCAAGUGGAGGGGGAAUUAUGACGAUGAACAAUCAGGGCUUUGAAGAAUCGAAUAUGGGUUUUGAGGAAUUCGAGGAGAUGAUGAUGAGCUGUUUCUAUUUUCCUCCGUCGCCCACAAAUUUCCCUCUGUAUCGGCCGAUGCCAAGUGUUUUUUUCGUUUCUAAUGAACAGGAGAACAUAAGCUUGGCGUUGUCUUGUCAGCACAUACUUGAGGACAAGAGCGGUGCGUUGCAUGUGAUCAACGGGGAGGACGGCGAAGACAUCAGUGACCUGCUGUUCCACGGCUUGAAGUCUUACAUGGAUAACAAGUUCGGUGAACAUUUGGAUCAAAUAAAAAGGCCGGCGGGUGUGUUGCCCAAAGGCGUGGAGUCGUUGAUGGUUAAUAUAUCGGAACAAAAGGACUACGAUAAGAGAGAAGUGACAUUAAGGCGGAUCAAGUGGUUGGAACAACACGACGAGGACAUGGUUGACCAGCCGUUCUUCAAAGUUGAGUGCGUGGUGCAGCAACUAAUUCAAAACAGGGGCGGUGAGUUGGAUGUUAUCUUAGGAGGGGGAGUUUUAACAAUCAACGGGCUGGAAUGCAGAGACGGUCAAGGCUCGCCAAUAACUCCAGAACCAUUGGUUAUUCGUCAGGCCAAGGGCUCCUUUAAAGUGUGGCUGGGACAAGACGGCCAGUGGGCUGCCGAGCUUCGUUCCAUGGUGAAUCGCCUCAACAUUGGCAGUUUCACAACCAUGGAGGAUGCCAUCUCAGCUUAUGAGGUGGUAGCAAGGUGGAGUGGAUGGAUGGAUCUUACUGGUUUUCCUGGACUCUUUGAAAAUGAAAACAAAUCAAAAUUGUCGUUGCAGUUGCCACGUACAGCCCAAGAAUUGAGCCCAGUUGAGGCAGUUGGAACUAGCAGUGAGGGAACAGGGGAUUAUGUAAUAGCAGAUCAGGCUCGGUUGAAUUCCGAUUGUUUGGGAAAAAGGAAAACAGAGGAAAAGAACCCAGGGGGAGAGAGAAGAAGCAAGAAAACAAAUGGAGUUAGAAUAGCCAUUCCUCUAGAGGAUAUCUUACAAACCAAUGGAAUGAGUCUUAAAGAAGCUGCAAAUCAUCUUGGAGUUAGUCAAUCUUCACUGAAGUAUGCUUGUCGGGAGUAUGGUAUCUCCAGAUGGCCACCUCGCAAGCUUAUGACUCAAUCUCACCCCACCGAAACUCCUGCGGUUGUUGAUCAAGAGGGAAUCCCACAAUUGAAUUCUGAUACUUUGCCUUCUGAUCAAGCCUUGGCGGCUCCUGUUGAGAAAAUCACUAGUGUCGUUAUAAAAGAAAUUCUGCCUCCACCGUUUUCGCCGACAGCUCGACAAGAGAGCCUAGAUGAGGAUUUUUGCAAUUUUGAAGCUGAGGCAGUUGGAAUCGGGAGUGGGGGAAUAGGGCAAAGUGAAAUGGAAGAGGGUCAGCCCAAUUCCAGGUAUUUGGGAAAAGAGAAAAGGAAGGAAAUGACCCCAAGAGGAGAGAGAAGAAACAAGGAAAAUAGCGGAGUUAGAAUUGCAAUGUCUUUGGAAGAGAUCUUACAAACUAAGGAAAUGCCUCUUAAAGAUGCUGCAAAGCAUCUUAAAGUUAGCCGAUCUACGUUCAAGCGAGCCUGUCGGGAGUAUGGUAUCGAGAGAUGGCCACCUCGCAAGGAACGCAAGCUUAUCAGCCAAUCCCACCCCAACGAAUCGGUUGUUGAUCAAGAGCGAAUCCCACAAUCGAAUUCCGAUACGCUGCUGCCUUCUGCUCAAGUCUCGGCUACUAUUGCUACAAAUAUUGUGACUAUAAUGGCAAGGUAUGGAGAAGCAAGAAUAAAGUUUCAGCUGUCUUGGCCUUGGCGAAAGGUAGAGCUGAAACAACAAGUGAAAAAAAGGCUGCCACUCGAGGCUGGAACUUAUUAUAUCAAAUACAAAGAUGAGGACGAUGGCUUGACUUUAAUAGCUUGCGAUGAUGUAUAGAGGAUUAUAUCUCCAGUUCUAGCCGGCUGGGCACCCAUUUGAUUGAGGUAUUUCUUGAGCCCAAAGUUGCUCAUGAGUUUCGUGUUAACGAACUUUAAUCUCAGUACUUAAGUACUUACCCCUCUGAAUAGUUUACUGUAGAAGUUGUUGGUUGUACAGUCCAGAUCUAUUGCAGAGGAGAAGUGCAUUUAGAAAUUCUCCAAUAGUUUAUCGCCUCAAAAUUUAUUGCUUUAGCACUUACCCCUCUGAAUAGUUUACUGCAGAAGUUGUUGGUUGUACAGUCCAGAUCUAUUGCACAGAGAAGUGCAUUUAGAAAUUCUCCAAUAGUUUAUCGUCUCAAAAUUUAGUGCUUCAAAUUGUAUGUCUUACAAAGAUGAGGUCAACGAGUUGGUUUUAAUAGCUUGAGAUGAGGAUUUACAGGAUAACAAAUCCAAUUCCAGCCUGCUGGGAACCAGUUCGAUUGAAUCAAAGUGUCCGUUUAAUUACGUUGACUAACUUGAAUCUUGCUAGUUAAGGAUUGCCCCUCUUUUCUUUUGUAAA